AGCAUUAUUCGUUGAUUAAGUAGUUUACAGAAUAUUCUUUGUCAGGAAGCAUAAUCAUAAAUGAAAAUAACUAUGAGGAAUACAUUUUUCAAAAAUGGGGGUAGAUCCAACCCUUCGAAAAAUUUAUUUUACUUUUGCUUAGAAGACUUGUAAUUGUGGAAAUGUUUUUGUCUGAUUUUGAUUGCAAAUCGUCUAGAAUUCCAUGAAACGUGAAACAAAAAUAUUUUUUCAAGUCAAUACCGGCAUUUUGGCAUUUCAACACCAGAAUUAUUAGAGUCAAAUGAAUAAAGUCAGAGACCUCGAAGUUCCACGUCUUGAAAAUCCUUCUGACAUAACUCAAACAAAGAAGUCUUUCUCCUCUUCGCAUUUACCGUCCAGUGCACCAUUACCGAAACUCCGGAUGUCCUAUCAAUUUUCUUUUUCCACGAAAGCAUUUUCUUACCGACUUAUUUUCGAUAAUGACUCUCUGUUUUUGUUACUACAGUCUAUAAUUUCCUGGCAAUGUUCUCUAGAUAAACGGAUCCGUAAGUGGUGUGUUGUCUCAUUGAAUAUUAAAGUGUCCCUACGCUGUGUCCCUCCGGUCGCCUUUCGUUUUAUUCUCGCUAGACAUUUUCUGUUGACUCUCCAACCCCGUCGAAUAAUUUCGAGUAACGAUGAAGGUAUUACCCUUCAGUUUUGGCCUCUUCACCUUUUGCGGUGUAUGGCGGCCAUUGAGCUGGUCAACUGGAUGGAAAAAAGUCAUCUACGAUUUUUAUAGUAUUUUUGUUGUAUCGUGUCUGUACUCCUACGGAUUGAUGGAGUUCGCUGACACUAUUAGAUCAUUGGAUGAAAUCAGUGAAUUCAUCAAUGCAUCUUUUAUGCUUGUCUCUGUUAUCAACACAUCUUGUAAGACCGCCAAUUUAUUGAUAAAGAGAGAUCAGCUCAUUGAGCUGCUAUCGAUACUUGAUAAUAAUUUGUGUCGAAGCCGAAGUGGACACGAGGAUCUUAUUCAAGCUGAAUGUGGUCGACGUGUCAAGAUCAAUUUUCUCUUCUUCUUCUGCAUCGUUGAGACUGCUGUUAUGACAUCAACAGUAUCAUCAAUAUUUGAAAAUAUUCCAGAACGUACCUUACCGUUCAGAGUUUGGGUACCGUAUUAUAAUAAUUCGGAAUUGGCAUAUUGGUGUCUUUACCUUCAACAAGUUAUUGUUGGUCAUGGGUUCCAAUCCACAAUUGCCAUUGGCAAUGAUACUCUUGUGGCUGGAAUGAUGCUCCUCACUUGUGCACAAUUGCAAAUAUUGAAGCAUAGACAGGAGAAUUUGCCUCGUGUUCUGGAAGAGAUCAGGAAAGAGCAGAACUUGGACGACAAUACGCUCCAGAGGCAACUGCUCAACGAAAUCAUUUACCAUCAUAAAACCAUUCUCAAAUUUGCCACUACAGCCAAUGAUUUGUUCUCGACUAUAAUAUUCAUCCAAUAUGCAAUCAGCUGCUACGUUCUGUGCAUCAGUGUUUACAGAGUGGCGCAGAUGGAAGUCACGAAUCCUGAAUAUCCAUUUACCGUUUUUUACUUACUGUGCAUGACUACGCAGAUAUUUUAUUUCUGCUGGUACGGUAAUGAAGUGAUUCUCGAGAGUUCAAGUAUUGGUGAGUCGCUUUAUCAAAUGACCUGGACGGAUUUAAAUACAUCAGUCCAGAAAGAUCUGAUCAUGAUUAUGAACCGGACGACACAUCCAAUUGUGUUUACGAGUGGAAAGAUCAUCAUACUCUCGGUGGAAUCAUUCAAAGGGAUUAUGAAACUCUCCUAUACGGCAUUUAAUGUUCUUCAACAAACUUAAACAACAAAAGAGACAGACAUCUUUGCAGUUCCAGCGAAAUGAAUAUAGCGCAUAUCAUCAAUACAUUCUGAUUAUUUGCAUCAUUGUCACCAAAUAUUGAAGCGACUUGAAAUGGCGCCUCGAUUUGUUUAUGACGAAAAUAUUACACCUUGAACUGAUUGUGAAGUAGAAAACUUGAUGGUUUUAUUCGAUUCCAUGUGUUUACAAUCCAAUUAUGGGAAAGGAUGCAGUUUCCAAGUAAUGCGUUGGGAAGAAAAAAUCUUUCAUCGAACGAGAUCAUCUGUCAUUGGAAAAUUAUUUAUCACAAAGCUCACUGGACGGAUGUAUUUAACUAAUCUAAAUGUUAUUAUAGGUUCUAACAACACAAAGGAGAAGCAGAUAAUUACAAGAAUC